AGUGUGUAAAUGUACUGCUGGUGUUCAUCACAGAGUUCAGCCUCUUUUGAAUGUGUUACUUAAUGCUGUGAUCAACAAAUACAUUUUAUUGUGCUUUUUAUAAAUAAAGUCUUACAGUCUGAGCCUUACUGGUUUAUCUGCAGGUACCCAUGUUGGUUUUUUUUAUCAAAGUGAAAAUGAAGGCAGGAAGUGAAGGUCUCUAACUACCAUAACCACAGUCUCACUUUGCUGUUGUGCUCUCACACACACUUUGUCCUCUGAGGUGUCGACUUCUGUUUUCCCAUCAGGUCCAGGAUGCUGGGAGCAGCUGUUUUAGUGUUCCUCAGGACCUUCAGGAUGUUCCUGUUGCUUUGCACCAACAGUCUGAUACUGAAGUCCUCUGGAGAUGGCUCCAUUUCUUCCUUUCAGCCAAUCACAGCCCUGAGGGGUGAUGAUGUCAUUCUGCCCUGUGGUCUUAAAAAUCGCACUGAUGUCAGUUCUAAGACGGUGGUGUGGACCAAACCCAGUCUGGACCCAGUGUUCAUCCAUGUUUACCAAAGUGGACGGCUGGUCCAUGAGGCUCAGCAUCCAUCUUAUCGGUACCGCACGACUCUGUUUGAGGACCAGCUGGUGAAUGGAAACGUCUCCCUGAAACUCUUCAGAGUGAAGCUCUCUGAUGCAGGAACAUACGUUUGUUCCAUUCAGUCGAUGGAGACGGAAGCUUCUGUCCAACUCAGUGUUGGUGCUGCCUCCUCACCUGUCAUUGGUUUGGCACAGUUUGAUGGAGACGAAGGACGUUGGGUGUUACGCUGUCAGUCCACAGGCUGGUGUCCAAAGCCUGAGCUGUCCUGGCUGGACUCUGAGGGACACGUCCUCCCUGCUGGACCCACACAGACACUCAGAGGUCCUGGUGACCUCUAUAGUGUCAAUAGCACACUGACUGUGGACGAGAGAGACGGCAUCAGGUUCAUCUGCAGAGUCCAACAGAAGGACAUCAACCAAACGAGAGAGACGCACUUCCAACUCCCAGCUCAUCUCAACACCCCAACUUGUUGGACUUGGCUGUGGGUCCUCUGUGCUGUUUCUGCUGUUCCUAUUCUAUUCUUCGUUUGCGUUGCCAUCAAGAUAAUAAUUAAUCACUGCACCAGGAGAGACAAGAGACCAGAAGCCUGGACCAGAGACCAGGACUGGUACAGGGUGAAGCAUGUUGCCAAAGAGACAGCAGAAACAAUCACAGCUCAGGGGAACACAAAGGAGAAUGAAGGUGAAGACCAUCACAUGUUGGAUGGAGUGAAGGUUCACUUUCCACUGAAGGCAUCAAACAUGAAUGGAAAAAUGUCAGUUUCCUUAUCAGUUAGUGAGAGUGAUGAACAUGUGACUGACAUGCAGACCAUCAGAGUUUGAAGAGUUCAUCUGUAUAAGAUAAAAUAUCAGACGUAUGAAUAUUGUGUGACUGCUAACAUUUCAUCUUGUCAGAGUUCUUCAUUUAUGUUUUGUGCAAAUACCUUGUUUGACCACAAGGGUGCAGUAUAUUCCUGUUUCUGUUUGAUUGGCCUCCACCCAGCAGCAGGUGAAUGAAAUAAGGUAUAAAUCAGUGUGAGUUAGAUGGUGGAAGCACAGCAGUUCUUACUGACAUCCAGAGGAAAGUCAGUGUUGUUGGGCUUCAGUUUCACAUCAACUUUCAUGUUGUUUCUGUUGCAAUAAUUGGGAUCAUCACCCAAAGGAGAACAGUUCUGUACAGUACUUUGUUUUACUUUGAAUCGAGUUAAGUUCAGUCCUCAACCCACCAUCAUGUGACUAAUUAAGUUGAGGUUUUGGACGGACACCACAGUGUGAUGUUGACACACAUGCACAUUAAUGUAUAUUGCCUACUUUUACAUUAUAUAUUCAUAAUUUAUAUUCUACGUUUACUUUUCUCCUCUAAAUUGUUCUGUUCUUUUGGUAUUCCUUAACUUUCAUUGUCAUUCAGUGUGGACAGCAAACUAAGACUGUCAUUGUAAAGGGAAACCCGUUUCCUGACUGCAUAUGACAAUAAAGCUUUGGAUGUUGAA